AUACCGAAAUGUUACAACCUUCUAAGCAGCAGAUACUGCGCCUUUACAAGCAUCUAAUACGGUACGGCAAUCAACUGCAACUUACAGACAAAAACUACUUCUUGGGUCGCAUACGACGCGAAUUCAGAGAGGGUCGUGGACUAAGCGAUCCAGUACAAAUUGAAUUCAAUUUCAAGCGCGGCGAAACGCUUUUGCGAAAAGGGCGCAUCCUUUAAAUUGUUGCUGAACAGCGGCAAUGUUGCAACGACUGUUAGGAAGAGCUGUCGCUCGGCACAAUGCAUUACCAACCAGCUUAACAGAGUCUACAACUUGCUAUCGCUUUAAAACCACCAACAGUAAAAUAGAUUACUCAAAGUACCCAAAAUUAAAUGAGGACGAUUUGGAGGAGGACUUCAUGCGUGGUAGUGGGCCUGGUGGGCAAUCAGUUAAUAAAACUUCCAACUGCGUUUUCUUGCGUCACAUCCCAACAAACAUAACAAUUAAAUGUCACACGCAUCGACUGGCUUCUAAAAACCGCAUAGAAGCACGAAAACUUUUACUGGAAAAGUUAGAUGCCCACUUUAAUGGGGAGAAUGCUGUGGCGGCACAAAUAAAAAUUCUUGAAUCAAAAAAGUCGACUGAACGCAAGCGCAGACAGCAAAAAUUAAAUGAAAUGAAGAAGAACUGGAAAGAGCGGGAGCAAGCAAUUAGUGACAGCGAGGAAAGGGCGUGAAAGCCUCCUUAAUUAGUUAAGGUACAAAAAAAUUUUUGUUAAUUUUUUAACUUAUCAUUUAUAUAAGUAAGUAAUCUAAACGUUUGUAUGAAUAAAUCUAAAUCUACCAUGUAGAAAAAUCGCCGAAUGUUCCUUUACCUA